UAUUAAAAAAUCGCGUGCAGCCGGCCGGCUUCGUAUCCGUCGCAGGCACACAGGCAGACAUGCCCCGCCUUCGCCGCGGCCCGUACCCCCGCCCCACGCUGCCUCUCGCGGUCACGGGGACGCCGCGGGCGCCGGUCCGCUCCCUACAAACGUGCCACGGCCUCCGCUUGCCUCUGUGCUAGCUCUGCAGUUGCAGCCUGCCGCCGUACAACACAAGCGCGCGCGCCGGCCGCUCCCCUCUCCAUCCUUCCCUCCGGCCAGUGGCGUUCAGGCGCGCAGGCGUGUGACGCGCUCGCUCGUCUGGCUCGUGCCCGGCGGUUGGUUGAUGAGGCCCGCGCGCCGGGGCGGGGGUGCGGUGGGUGCCACGGCGCGGGCGCUCGUCCUGCUGCUGUUUCUGGUCCUGCUGAUUGGCAGCCGAUGCUCGGAGGCCAUCCGAGCCGUGCCGCGCAGUUCGGCGACGGGCGGCGAUGCGAGGAAUCGGAGCCACAGCCACGGUGUCCGGGUGGCGGUGCUGCCGAGGAAGGCAAUGCCGCUGCCGGGGACGCGGCGGGUGCCCGUGUUGCUGGCGCCGGCGGGCUCCGCGGAGGAGGAGAGCAAGCGGCGGAUCCCGAGCUGCCCGGACCCGCUCCACAACCGGUGACAAGACCAUGGCCAUUCUUGACUGACGACACUGCUACUGCCCUUCCUGGAUCAAGCAUUUGGUUUCUUUCUAGGUUCUGUUCUUUCGAAUCUUUUGGGAAUCUUUUGAGCACUUGUUCUUUUACUCGAUCUCACUGUAAUUUCUAGAUCGACGAUGCUGGGCCAGGUUUGAAGGGCUUUGUAUUGGAAGAAUCUCCCAAUCCAUUCCUCCGCCGCCGGGCUGGAUCGAGAUUCUUCGCAUACAAAGCCCUACCUGCUAGAUCCUGCUGCCUGCUGCCGCCU